CUUGACGAUACUUGUGUAAAGUUCCUCCUAACGGUACGGAGACAAAAAGUGUUUCCUCUCAGCUUGUGCUGUUAAACGACCACUGAGAAAACUUACAGGAUCCGAAAUGUGUUCAGAUUUAUGUGUCGAUUCGUCCGUGAAGAGGAGCGACAACUGAGCCGUUAGCUGCCGACUUUCUUCAUACUUUUACAGAGUCAUUAAUGUGAGAAAACGAUGGCGUUCUUCGUGAAAAAGAAGAAAUUCAAGUUCCAGACCCAGCUGAUCCUGGAGGAGCUGACGGCGGUGCCUUUUGUUAACGGUGUUUUGUUCUGUAAACUGCGGCUGCUGGAUGGAGAUUUUGUCGCUACUUCGUCCAGAGAGGAGGUUCGAGAACACUGCGUUCGCUGGAGGAAGAGGUUUACGUUUGUGUCCAAAAUGAGCGCCAAUCCACACACGGGAGUCCUAGAUCCUUCUGUCUGCAGGGUUUCAGUCAGGAAGGAACUCAAAGGAGGAAAAGCAUAUAUGAAGCUGGGCUUCACGGACCUCAACAUGGCGGAGUUUGCAGGCUCUGGUUCCACUGUGCGCUGCUGUCUCCUGGAGGGUUACGACACAAAGAACACAAGGCAGGAUAACUCCAUACUGAAGGUGAUCAUCGGAAUGACCCUCCUGUCUGGAGACCCGUGCUUUAAAACGCCUCCCAGUACAGUAAAGUUCAUCUCCAUCCCAGGACAAGAGCACACCCUGCAGCUGGACUGCAAGGGGGAGGGAACGGCAGAACCUGGAUCAGCUGGAGGGGUCUCUGUGGGCAGAUCUGCUAAACCUCGACCCUCCAUUAUUGGUUCAGGUCUCCUUGACGACUCUGAAACAAAUCAGACCGGUGUGGGAGAAACCUUCCAGUCUGGUCACUCUCGUAACUCGAGCUACGCCAGUCAGCACAGCAAAAUCUCAGGCUACAGCACCGAACACUCCUGCUCCUCCAGCCUAUCGGACCUCACGCAUCGCAGAAACACUUCCACGGGAAGCAGCACGUCCGGAGGCCUGUGUGUGACCGUGGACACCCCCACAGAUGGCGAGAAGGACGCUGGUCGCCCUGAAAGACCGCCUCGGCCACCGAGGCCUGUCAUGCCCCCUAACAGACCCUCCAGGAGGAAGCAGAACUCUGUGGAGAGUCAGCCUUCUUGGGUAAAUGACACUCGCAUGGAUGCUGAUGACAUUGUGGAGAAAAUUGUCCAAAGCCAAAACUUUGCGGAUAUCAACGCCAGUGAAGACAGUAAUCUCCGUCUGUUCGUCAGCCGGGAUGGAACCACCGCGCUCAACGGCAUCAGGCUAGGAAACAGGGUUUCUGCAGGCAGCUAUGAGCCGGUGGUGAUCGAGAGCCAUUAAAGCUGUGGGUUGCCACCUUCUUUCACAGGUUUUCUCGGAGCUUCAGCCAGUCUGACGCUGUGAGGCGGAAACCGCAUCAGUUUGCACUUUAUGUCAGAUGUGUGUUCACGCUCAUCUGCGCUCUGCUCGCCCACGUCGCUGUAUUGAGUGCGAGCUGAAAGGUUUUUUGGUUUUGUUUUUCCUUUUCUUUUUCCCCGCCCUGUUACAGGUUUACCUGUUUCAGUAUUACCAAGAAUGUUUUGAGAAGCCACCACUAAACCUGCACCAUGUCCCAGGUGCUAACACUGUACGUAGUGAUGGGAAGUUAACAGACUGAUUCACGACACAGUGUUCAAGAAUCAGUCUCAUUAGAUUAAAAUUCUCACGUUAAGAACGGUCUCUUAUCACUCAAACGGUUUAUUUUGGUAAUAAUAUGAAGCUCACUCACACUAAUGCGGGAUGUGACAGCAGUGCUACCACACUGCACCAGUAGAUGGUAGUGUUGAGUCAUUUUUGUUUUGUUUGGAAAUCUUGAAUUUAGCCAGAUGUUUUCCACUGGUUUUAAUGUAGAUUUACUGUUUUUGUUUUGUUUGUUUUUUCUGAAAACUUUGCAGAAUGGAAAACCAGCAUCAAGCUCCUUCACAAUCAUCCAAAUCUUCCUUUUUAGGCCCACAGAGUUUGGGAGUUGGGGCCUUUAAAA